AUGAAUAAGAGUAAAGAGAUAGAAAAAGAAAUAAUAAUAGUAAAAGAUGUAGAUGUAAAAGUAGAGAAGAGGGAUAUAGAGGAAUAUUGUUAUCUGAUUGAAAAGAUACCAAAUACAAUCAUAUUAAACAUAAUAGAAAAGAUUGAAAAGAAUGUAGAUUUAAUAUGUUUACUGUUAACUUGUAAAAAGUUGUAUUAUAGUAUUAGACAACUGUAUAGUAGUAAUAAUAGUCGUACACUCAAAUUUAAACAAAUCAGAUACUAUGAUAAAGAUUACAACACAAAUAAUGAUGUAGUUAAAAGUUUAAAAUGCUUUAAUUUACAAUCAUUUAAAGGUAUAUUUGAUAAUAGUUUAUCCGAUCAAAUAGUAAUUUCUGAUAUUCAAGAUACACUACCAUCAUUAAAUAAUCAUCUUACAACUAAACAACAACAACAACAAUCAAUAACAACAAAUGAUAAUAAUAAUCAUAUCAACUAUUCAGUAUUAAUAUCAUUAUCAUAUGAUAGUAACAAAAAGAAGAACAAGUUGAAUGAUAUUAUUAUACCAACCAAUACAAAAGAUAUGUUUAUAUCAUAUGUAAAGGACGAGGAGGAGGAAGAAGAAGAUGAAGAGAAUUAUUAUCAAGAAGUAGUACCAAUUGAAUUGUUUGAAGGAUUACAACAACUAGAGACAUUAAGUUUGGGAUACUCUUCGAUUGGAUCAGAUCAAAUUGAAAAGUUACCAAACACCAUUAAAAAGUUACAUCUUGGUGAAUUGUUAUUGGGUACCAGUAGUAAUGGACAUCAAGUAACCUUGCCCGCUGGUCUUGAACAUCUGGAUUUCAUGAUCACUCCACCAAAUGGUAAAGAGUUGUGGGGUGGUCUGGGACUUGACAAACUUAAAUCACUCAAGACGUUAACCAUGCCACAUUUUGAUGGAUCCUUUACAACGCUGCCAACCACAUUGACAUCACUUGAUAUCAAUUUCGAAUCGGUUAAACCACCAAACCAAUUCUUUGAGUCGUUGGUACACCUCUCGACGCUCUACAUCUAUAUUCAUGUCCUUGACCAUGUCUUGGAUCUCACACAUAACCAUGCCCUUGAAAAGCUCGACAUCCACACUGGCUAUUCCGUGCUAGGGAUGGACAGCUUUUUCGUCAAGCUUCCGCUCUCGUCGUCAUUCAAGGAGCUCUACCAUCGUAGUAGUAGUUAUCCCUUGGCUGGGUUUUCAACGCAAUUCCUUCCAACCACGUUGACGCGGCUCGAAACCUCUGUUUGUGACUUGGAUUUGUCGACCAUACAGCUGCCAAGGUCUUUGGUGCAGGUAACCCUUGAAAACUGUCGUUCCAUUCCAGUUGGAUUUCUACCUCGGGAUGGUGGUGUCUUGAAAAAGCUCUCAAUCCACUUGGAUGGUUUCGAGGGUCUCUCAAAAGGAUCAAUUCCAUCAUCGGUACAGGAUUUGAAAUUGUUUCAUUAUUCUGGUCCUACCACCCCAGACUAUAUCCCCAACUCUAUCAAACGACUAUCAUGGUUUGGUAAUAUCGAUACACUUCCUCAAGGUUUGGAAUGUUUGAAAUGGAAAUAUCCAUUUGAUUCUUUUGUUUAUCCCUCUUCUUCUUCUUCAUCUUCUUCUUCUUCUUCACCACCACCAGUAAUACGCGCGUUACCACCAAUCAAUAUUCCACAAUCACUCACUAAACUUACACUUGAAUUGGAUGCCAUUUUAAAAGUGGAGGACCAUUUAAUUUAUUCGAUUUCAAAAUUGCGACAACAAGACGAUACAUACAACAUUUUACCAAAUAGUAUUUCAAAGUUAAAGAUUAAAUUACCAUAUCAUCAAUUAAAUACACCAUUUAGUUUUAGAUUGGAUGAGAUUAUAAAUCAAACAAAUGUGGAAACUCUAUCAAUUUAUGGAGCUGGACGAGUAUGGUUUAAUGCAACCAUUAAAAGAUUGGAAAGUGAUCAUUCAUCAGUAUUAUUGGUUAGUAACAAAUCAUUAUUUGGUGGUAUCAUUAAACAAACAAAAUUAAAUCAAAGUGGUAGUAAUCAAUAUGCUCCAAUUUAUUUACAUUACAACAAGUUACAUGAAUCACCAUCUUGGAGUCAUAAUGAAAAAAUAAUAAAUAAUUAA